UCCAUGUUUCUCUCAGUGCAGGCAGACUCAGUUUGCUAGGCUGGGCGCGCCACUGCACCCUGGGGCGGUCGCGGAGGGACCCGGGUGAUCAAAGGUGGCUGGGACGGCAGGUUUUAUACUGACUCAGGAAACUGUGUCCUUCGGGAAGAGGGAUCCUAGAAGGCUGGACAGCGCCAACCCCUCGUUGCCAGUGUCCAAGCAACCCCCUCUGGUGCUGUGAUGUUCGCCCCGGAAUCCUUGCUGCUAUUGUGCGUUCUUGGGUCACCUUUUUGCUUCUUCUCUGCUCUAGGCCUGGAAUGUGAGGUCAGCUGUCACCCGGACAGAGGAAUCUGUGACAAGGACCAGUGUAGGUGUCGACCUGGUUGGCAGGGACCCCUGUGCAAUGAGUGUGUUUCCUUUCCUGGCUGUCUACAUGGAAUCUGUUCCCUGCCAUGGCAAUGUAUCUGUGAGGAUGGCUGGAUCGGAAGUCUCUGUGAUAUAGAUCUCCAAUUGUGUGCUGCCAAAUCCUGCCACAAGAAUGGGACAUGCACUGGCUCUGAGGAAAGUGGCUCCAGAUGUUCUUGUGCCCCAGGCUCUUCAGGAAGAAACUGUCGUUUUAAGGAAGGACCUUGUGUAAUUAAUGGUUCUCCCUGCCAGAAUGGAGGAGCUUGCAUUGAUGAAAAUGGCCUUGCCUCCUAUACCUCCUGCUUGUGUCCGGAGGGCUUCUCUGGCAACUUUUGUGAAUUGGACAUGAAUAGCUGUGUCCCUAAUCCAUGUGAGAAUGGAGGUGUGUGCACAGACAUCGGUGGGGACUUUCGCUGUCGCUGCCCGCUGGGGUUCAUGGACAAGACCUGCAGCCAACAUGUGGUGGACCACUGUGCCAGUGGCCCCUGUGAGCAUGGGGGUACCUGUGUCCCUCAUGCCAGAGGAGGUUUUGAAUGCCUCUGUAGACCAGAAUUCUCUGGCCCUACUUGUAACCAUGGCCACCCGAACCAUAGCCACCCAGGAACCAAGACCAAGAGGGGUCCUGGGCUUCCUGACCAAUUUUCCCCUGAGACUCAGGGUAGGCUUGCCGCUCAUCAGCCCAACCACAGAAUGCUGAAAAUCACCAUGAGGGAGUUGACUAAGAACAGUAAACCUCUGCUUAAUGAAAGCCAAGCCAUCUGCUUCACUAUUCUGGGUGUUCUGACAUGUCUGGUUGUCCUGGGCACCAUAAGCAUCGUGUUCUUCAACAAGUGUGAGAUAUGGCUCUCCAAUGCCAAGUACAGCCGUCUCCUUCGUAAAAAAAAGAACUCACUUCUCAGGUACAGCAAUGGUGAUGAGCAUACCAUUAACAUCAUCUUACCUGAGAAAAUGAAUCUGAAAUCCUACAGUCAGUGCCUGAAUGAGAUAUGAGCCCUCCCCAAAGCCUUCCUCUGUGGAGUCUAGGACAUAUGGUUUAUUUUAAAGCUUGUGAUUGACCUUACUAUCUUGUGUGCUGUGUAAUUAGGAGAAUAGCUUUGUAUCUGUGUGCAUAUUGUAUUUAUGUUGUGAGGGAAAGUUUUAGACCCAAACAGAGAUGCUCAGAGAAUGGAUCUGAAUUUACUAGGGAGGCUAUCAAUGAGAUUCUGCAAAAAUUUUAAGUUAUUCCUUUCUGACCAAAAGGGAAAUGAUACAUUGGCAAAUUAUUGCUCUACCAAUUACUGCCUCUGUCAUCUCAGAUAAAUUAUUUCUUCUCUCUGAGCUUUAAUUCCCUUAUUUUUAAAAUAAAAGGAAUUGGAUUAGAUGAUCUAUAUGGCCUCUUUUAGUUCAUACCCCUAUUCUUGCUUCUUUUACAUCCUUUCCAGUUCACCAUUUAGUUGAUUGGUUAGUGAAGUAGAUCUGCUAAUUCAGAAUGAAGAAUUACUUCAUAAGUACUAAGAGUCCAUUGAGGAGAAUACACCUGGUAAUCUUAUUCUGGGCAUAUGUUUUUUCCCAUGCUUAUAAUUUCAAUAAUUAAGGUGUUUAUGAUCUAAGUAUAUAGGAGUAUGUAAAAGUGCAUUUGAGAGUCUAGAAUAAUGGGAAGAUUAAGUUCUGAAGACUUUGGUUCUACUUUCAGCUCUGCAGCUUACUUUCAUGAACCAGCUCAUCUUUCUGGGACCAUUAUCUCUUCACUUGGAAAUUUAAGGAAUUUAGAUUAAAAAAACACUCAAACUAUAAAAUCCCAUAAUUUUGCAAUUUUUCUUUAAAUGGACAAAAGUAUUUCUGACGACAAUAGAUUUAGUCUACAUGAGAAUUAAAUAUAACUCUUGUCAAUUGUAUUAAUCCUUCCUAAUUUUUAAUCAAAAUGAGUUAACACUACCUGUUACAUAAGUUUGGCCCUCUCCUAAGAGACAAAUUAUUCUGCUUGUAUCAGAAUAUGAAUAUGUGAAUUUUGUCAGCAACUGCUGCAGUAGAUAUAUUAUUCAGAAAAUAAAAUGGGAGAACUUAGUUAUUUAUAAUUUAUAGCCAUAUCAUCCCACUGCUUUAUAACUUCCUUAGAAAUACUUAUAUAUAUUGAGUGAAAUGAUGUUGUGGGAGUUAAAAUAGUAAGAUGAGUUUUUAUCUGAACAGAGUCAUAGUAUUCUUUUAUAAUCAUAUAGAGGAGGUAUGAUGAGGUAUUACUAAAUGAUGAUCACUGGAACAAACUGUGGUAAGAUCUCAAUGGACAUUUAACAUACAGAGUACCUCAAGGAAAUGCAUACAUGAAAUUUGCAGCUCUAACCAAUUCCACUAAGAUCCUUCUAGAAUAUGAUGAAUGGAUUCAAUGCCUUUGUUUUCAGGGUUAUAUAGACUCUCCUCCUUAUUUCUUGUUGUGUAACAAAUAAUAUGUAUAUGUAUUGUCAAGCAACCUUUUGAGUCCAAAUAUGAAAGUUCAAAAGACACUUCCAUUGAACAAGAUGAUCAUUUACUUGUU